GCACAGCUUCACAUUUGCUUUACACCUAUCACCUGGCCUCACUUGCCGGAAUUCUUCCUCAGAAUCCCAAUUCACGGCCAAAUUUUCGUCAAGAGCCUGACACAUACUCUCUUCCUCCACUCAAUUAUUCAACUAUAUCUUUCUUAUCAUAUAUAUGUGAUAGAUCUUGGUCUACAAAAAAGAAAGAAAAAGAAGGAAAAAGGAAACCAGCUAGUUAGAAAUGCACUGAAUGCUUUGCACAGAGACACAGAUACGUGCCACAACAUCGCGACCACCCACCACCACCACCACUACUCUCUCUCUCUCUCUCUCUCAGAAGUAGGCAAGUUAGAGUGAGGCGGAGAUUUAAGUCUUGGGGAAGCAGAUAGAGGGCAUUAAUGGCCGAACACAGCUAGAGCAGAUAGAGUUUUGCAGCAACAAUACAUAGCGUAAAGAAAAAGAAGUGGCUCACAUGCUAAUGAAAGACCCUAAGGAGAACCCUGUGAUAUCCAGGGAACCUCUACUGAACUCAAUGAAAGAGAAGAAUGAAGACUUCAUGAAAGAUACAAAGAAGAUUAUAGCAAGGAGAACGGGAGGGAGAAGAGGUAAGGGACCAAAAGUGGAGAAAUUCCAAGUAGAGAAGCUGGAUACUGAUGUGGGGUCCCCUGCUUCAUGCAAAAGCCUUAUGUUCCAUCGUAGACCUGGCUAUGGCCAACUGGGGACAAAGUGUUUAGUUAAAGCCAAUCACUUCAUUGCAAACAUACCAGACUCGGAUAUAUGUCACUAUAGUGUUAAGAUUGACCCUGAGGUUACUUCUCAUAAAUUGAACAAAGUUAUCAUGACCCAGUUGGUGAAACUUCAUAGAGAGUCAGACCUGGGGAUGAGGCUCCCUGUCUAUGAUGGAGCAAGAAACUUAUACACAGCUGGAUUUCUGCCUUUUACUACAAAAAACUUCAUCAUAAUAUUGAGUGAUGAUGAGGAGGGGGCAUGCAAUAGAAGGGAACGAGAAUUUAAAGUGACGAUAAGUUUUAUAACUUUAGCUAGUAUGCAACAAUUACGUGAGCUUCUUGCUGGGAAGCCAGUUGAUACCCCUCACAAAGCACUUACCAUUAUUGAUAUUGUCUUAAGGCAACUAGCAGCCCAAAGGUAUGUAUCAGUUGGAAGGUUUCUCUAUUCUCCUGAUAUUAAGAAACCACAGCAAUUGGGUGGUGGCUUAGAAUCAUGGCGAGGAUUCUACCAGAGUAUUAGGCCUAUUCAGAUGGGACUGUCCCUGAAUAUUGACAUGUCAUCGACUGCGUUCAUUGAACCACUCCCUGUCAUUGAUUUUGUUGCUCAGAUUUUAGAUAAAGAUGUGUAUUCAAGGCCAUUAUCAGAUGCUGAUCGUGUUAAGGUUAAGAAAGCCCUUAGAGGUGUCAAAGUAGAAGUUACGCAUAGAGGAAAUGUUCGAAGGAAAUACCGCAUUUCAGGGUUGACAUCACAGCCUACAAGGGAGCUAAUUUUCCCAGUAGAUGAGCAAAAGAACAUGAAAUCAGUUGUUGAGUACUUUCAAGAGGUGUAUGGAUAUACCAUUCAAUAUUCUCAUCUACCUUGUCUUCAAGUGGGAAAUCAAAAGAAGGUGAACUAUUUGCCAUUGGAGGCUUGCAAGAUAGUUGGCGGACAGAGAUACACUAAAGGGCUGAAUGAGAAGCAGAUAACUUCUCUGCUAAAAGUUUCAUGCCAAAGACCUCAUGAACAAGAAAUGGACAUUUUACAGACAGUUCAUCAAAAUGACUAUGAGAAAGAUCCCUAUGCAAAGGAAUUCGGCAUCAGUAUAGACAACAAGCUUGCAUCUGUUGAGGCUCGGGUUCUUCCAGCUCCAUGGCUUAAGUAUCAUGAUUCUGGAAAGGAAAAAGAAUACUUGCCUCAAGUUGGUCAGUGGAAUAUGAUGAACAAGAAAGUAAUAAAUGGAAGCACCGUCAGACAUUGGGCUUGCAUCAACUUCUCAAAAACCGUCCAACAGAGCACUGCUUGUAGUUUCUGUCAACAGUUGGUUCAGAUGUGCCAAAUUUCUGGCAUGGAAUUUAACCGGGACCCUGUAAUUCCAAUAUAUUCAGCCAGACCAGAUCAGGUAAAGAAGGCCUUAAAAUAUGUGUAUUAUGCUGCUGCAAGCAAGCUAGAAGGAAAAGAGUUGGAGUUGCUUAUUGCCAUUCUUCCAGACAACAAUGGCUCUUUAUAUGGUGAUCUAAAACGAAUUUGCGAAACAGAGCUGGGGUUGAUUUCUCAGUGCUGCCUUACAAAAUAUGUCUUCAACUCUAGCAGACAGUAUCUGGCAAAUGUGUCACUUAAAAUCAAUGUCAAGAUGGGAGGAAGAAAUACCGUGCUUUUAGAUGCAUUAAGUUGGAGGAUUCCUUUGGUCAGUGACAUUCCAACGAUAAUUUUUGGAGCUGAUGUUACUCAUCCAGAAACCGGAGAUGAUUCUUGUCCAUCUAUAGCUGCUGUUGUAGCCUCCCAAGAUUGGCCAGAAGUUACAAAGUAUGCCGGUUUGGUAUGUGCACAGCCUCAUCGAGAAGAACUUAUCCAAGAUUUGUUCAAAACCUGGAAAGAUCCUCAACGGGGUAUGGUUACUGGAGGCAUGAUCAGAGAGCUUUUACUUUCAUUUAAGAAGGCUACUGGACAAAAACCAUUGAGAAUAAUAUUUUACAGGGAUGGUGUUAGUGAAGGACAAUUCUACCAGGUCUUACUAUAUGAACUUGAUGCCAUUCGUAAGGCUUGUGCAUCAUUGGAACCUAGUUACCAACCCCCAGUAACAUUUAUUGUGGUUCAAAAGAGGCACCACACCAGGCUCCUCGCAAACAAUCACAAUGACAGAAGUAGCACUGACAAGAGUGGAAAUAUCUUACCUGGUACUGUGGUGGAUUCAAAGAUUUGUCAUCCUACUGAGUUCGACUUUUAUUUAUGUAGUCAUGCAGGAAUCCAGGGAACCAGUCGACCAGCUCAUUAUCAUGUUCUCUGGGAUGAGAACAAUUUUACUGCAGAUGAAAUUCAAUCACUGACCAACAACCUGUGUUAUACGUAUGCUCGAUGCACUCGAUCUGUUUCUGUAGUGCCUCCUGCAUAUUAUGCUCACCUGGCAGCUUACAGAGCUCGAUUCUACAUGGAACCUGAUGUGCAUGAGAAUGCUAAAACGCGUUGCACACGGGCCGCUAAUGGGUCAUGUGUCCGUCCUCUUCCAGCUUUGAAAGAGAAGGUGAAGAAUGUGAUGUUUUACUGCUAGAGGGAGGAAGUAGCAGGGGCAAGAACUAAAUUGAAGCGUAGGAAGGAGUUGUACAUGCUGUACCUUAUGUUUAUAAUGUAGAGAGAUUGUGCCUUGAAUUAAAAUUUGAAAAUUUUGACAACA